AUGCAUGACAGAUACGGUGGAUUGAACUCGAACCUGGACAUGGCAAAGUCCAGAUUCGAGUUCAAUCCGCCGCGACCGUCUGCGCUCCGCACGACGCACUUCCCUUCUGCUAUCUUCUCUCUCCCGCUUCUUCACUCUUCCGCUGGCCACGUCUUCGCUAUCGUGCUGGUCUGCUUGGCGGCGUUCGCGGCCGUGGAGUCCUACGGCCUCGGGGGUGGCGGUGGCUACGGCAGCAGGGGCCUGGGUGGUGGCAGGUACAACGACGUUUCCGGAGGAGGCGGAGGUCAGGGAUACAACAGCGGCGCUUCCGGCGGCGGCUUGAGCGAGGGACACCGGAGGAACAAGUUCACAUCGUACACCAACUCGGAAUCGGACUCCGGCCACCUGUCUUCCGGGCAGGGGGGCUAUGGCACUAACGCCGGCGGAAGUGGCCGCCUCGGCCGGAUCAGGGGCGGCGGCAGCGGCUUCGGCAGGGGACGCUUCGGCGGCAGCAGGAUUGGCUCCGGCCUCUGGGGC